AUGGCUGACAAGCUGUACCGCCUGGGUGUGAUCGCCAAGCCGGAUUUCACCGAGGCGCGGAAGGUGACUGUGUCGGCCUUUUGCCGGCGCCGCCUCCCGGUAAUCAUGGUUAGCCAGCUGAAGAUGGGUGACAGUGUGCGCGAUGCCACCGCGCUCAUUGAGCAGGGCCAUGUCCGUGUCGGCACUGAGGUCAUCACGGAUCCGGCUUUUCUCGUCACUCGGUCCAUGGAGGACUUCAUCACCUGGGUUGACUCGUCGAAGAUCCGCAAGCGCGUCAUGGAGUACAAUGAGAAGCUGGACGAUUACGACAUGAUGUAA